AACGAUGUCAGUUCAGGUUGUAGCAGCAAAAAUGGCCGAGGUCGAAUUAAAAGACGUCCCUAGCAAAGAGUUGGCAACUGUUUCACCGGUGACACCAAAGGCAGAAGAACAAGCCGUGAUUAAAAACGAACCAAAUACUGCUGUUACUUCGUCUGUGUCUCCAACAUCGGAGUCCACUCCAAAAGGGGACCCGUGCCCUCUUACCGCUUCUCCGAACCCCGUGAAGAUGCCGCAGGCAUCCGCGAUGAAGCGGACGGACCCGCAACAAAACGGAGGAGAAUCAUUUGUGAACCGAGAUGGCACGGUUGCAGAAGCACCCAGAAUGAAAAAGAUCCAGUUUGCUGAUCAGAAACAGGAGUUUAACAAACGGCCCACCAAGAUUGGCCGCCGCUCUCUCUCUCGCUCCAUCUCUCAGUCCUCUACAGACAGCUACAGCUCUGCUGCCUCGUACACAGACAGUUCUGACGAUGAAACUUCCCCUCGUGACAAACAGCAGAAGAAUUCAAAGGGCAGCGGAGACUUCUGCAUCAAGAACAUCAAACAGGCCGACUUUGGCCGCAGGGAGAUCGAGAUUGCUGAGCAAGAGAUGCCUGCUCUCAUGGCGCUGAGGAAGAGAGCUCAGGGGGAGAAGCCUUUGGCAGGGGCUAAAGUGGUGGGCUGUACCCACAUUACAGCACAGACAGCCGUGCUGAUGGAAACCCUGGCUGCACUGGGCGCUCAGUGCAGGUGGGCUGCCUGUAACAUCUACUCCACCCAGAACGAGGUCGCAGCAGCACUGGCCGAGGGAGGUUUCUCUGUUUUUGCCUGGAAGGGAGAGUCAGAAGAUGACUUUUGGUGGUGCAUCGAUCGCUGCGUUAAUGUGGAGGGCUGGCAGCCCAACAUGAUCCUGGAUGAUGGGGGCGAUCUGACCCACUGGAUCUAUAAAAAAUACCCCAACAUGUUUAAAAAGAUCAAGGGAAUUGUGGAAGAGAGUGUGACUGGGGUGCACAGGCUGUACCAGCUGUCCAAGGCAGGCAAGCUGUGUGUGCCCGCCAUGAACGUCAAUGACUCCGUCACAAAGCAGAAAUUUGACAACCUUUAUUGCUGCCGCGAGUCCAUUCUCGAUGGGCUGAAGAGGACCACCGAUGUGAUGUUUGGAGGGAAGCAGGUUGUGGUGUGUGGAUAUGGAGAGGUGGGGAAAGGCUGCUGCGCUGCUCUGAAGGCAAUGGGCUCCAUUGUCUACGUCACUGAGAUCGACCCCAUCUGUGCCCUGCAGGCCUGCAUGGAUGGCUUCAGGUUGGUCAAACUGAAUGAAGUUAUCAGACAGGUGGAUAUUGUCAUCACCUGCACGGGCAAUAAGAACGUGGUAGUGAGGGAAUACCUUGACCGUAUGAAAAAUGGCUGCAUUGUCUGCAACAUGGGCCACUCUAACACAGAGAUCGAUGUGGCAAGUCUGCGGACCCCUGAGUUGACCUGGGAGCGUGUGAGGUCACAAGUGGACCAUGUCAUCUGGCCAGACGGCAAGAGAAUAGUCCUGCUGGCCGAGGGUCGACUCCUCAACCUGAGCUGCUCCACUGUACCCACGUUUGUACUGUCCAUCACUGCUACCACCCAGGCUCUGGCUCUGAUAGAGCUGUACAAUGCUCCAGAGGGGCGAUACAAACAAGAUGUCUAUCUGCUGCCUAAGAAGAUGGACGAGUAUGUUGCAAGUCUGCAUCUGCCAACGUUUGAUGCACACCUUACGGAGUUGACAGAUGAGCAGGCCAAAUACCUGGGUCUGAACAAGAACGGGCCCUUUAAGCCAAAUUACUACAGGUAUUAAACCAACUCACACAAGGAAAAUGAAGACUAAAGAAAUCAACAAGACUCCAUAAUCCUUACAGACCAAUGCGAAUGAGUGAAAAAGAAAGUAAGAAGUGAGAAAAGUGGAGAGGAAAAAGAGGUGUUUUAAGCCCUUCUUAGGAGAAGGGAGAAAAGCCCCUUGCUGAUUGGCCGAGGUUACGGGCAUGGCUAAUUAGUGCUAUGGCAGUGUUUAUUUAUUUUCUCUAAAAUAACAUAACUCUAAUCGUUCACAAGCUGCUCCUGCCAUUGGUGCUCCUAGCAGUGUCAGCAUGGAGAUUUUACCAUGUCAUUGUCUUUUAGCCUCAUGUGUCAGUCAUAUGUUAUCCAUCAUCUUCUGUUGUUCAGCUAUGAUUAAGAUGUUAAUGAAAAAAAAAAUGUUAAAGAGGACAAAAAAAAAAGAAUACUACAGAAAUGUACGAUUGAUGACCUCUGAAGAUUUUAUGAUGGACAUAUAGCAUGUCCUGGGUUUUUUUUUUUUAUUUUUUUUUAUACUUGUGAUUUUUCUUUAUAUUUUAAAAAUAAACACAUGAACUAAGGUUGGGUAAAGUCAUAACUAGGGUUUGACAGAGGUGUCUGAAUCAUUGCUUUCUUUUAUUUGAUCACACGUUUCAAAUCACUGUUCUGAUUUUACGAUUUAUUUUUGAACAUGUGUUAAUUUUUAUGAAGUAUUUGCAAAUUUUGUGUUCUCAUGUCCAAGUAAAGUUAAUUCCAAUUAAACUGGACUGUGAUGGAUGUGCAA